CUCAUUUGCUGGUGAAGACCAUGAGGUGUUUUUUGACAUCACAGUGGCAGGUCACGAGGUGGGGCGGAUCGUCAUCGGGCUGUUUGGAGAGGUCGUCCCGCUCACUGUCAAUAACUUUGUCGCCCUGGCAACCGGAGAGAAAGGUUACGGCUACAAAGGGACCAAGUUCCACAGAGUAAUCAAAGACUUCAUGAUCCAGGGGGGAGACUUCACCGUCGGAGACGGAAGUGGAGGUCACAGCAUCUACGGAACAACCUUUGCAGAUGAAAACUUCAGGCUGAAGCAUUCAGGAGCAAGCUGGGUGAGUAUGGCAAAUGCCGGUCCGGACACCAACGGGUCACAGUUCUUCAUCCUGGCUGCCAGGGCACCGUGGCUGGACGGGAAACACGUGGUUUUUGGCAAAGUCCUGGACGGCAUGUCCGUGGUUCACACCAUCGAGCUUCAGGACACCAACGACAGGAACCUGCCGUACACCGAGUGUGUGAUCGUCAACAGCGGCAGGAUCCCCGUCAAGGAGCCCUUCGUAGUGGAGGUGGAGGGCUGGUAAAUGCCACGGUUGCAACUUUGUCUGCAGGACAAAUACAGUGUGUGAUUACUAUACAUUGGUGAUCAUCAGAAAUCAUUUGAAUUUUGCCAAAUUCACAUUUUCAUAUUAUUACUUGUGCAUAUGAACAUGCUAAUACUAUCAUGCUAGCAAGUAGAACUGGGUAUAGUUUGAGAGUUUUUGAUACCAGGGCUGUUAUAAUACCUUAUUUUCAGUAUUGAUACCAAAACAACAUAUUUUUUCAUACUUGAAGGAUUUUUAAAAAUGUUUUUGUCUUUUCCAUUCAACGAAAUACAAACCUCUCAAAUUGGUCGGUGUUUAAUUUUGUCUUAACACAAAGCAGCCGUGCAGGAACUUUGCUCUAAAUAAAAUACGGACAAAAAUGAUCAGAAAUUAUGAUUUGAAUCAGGAAACAUUUGAUCAAAGUGUGAACAAGACUCCGAAUCUGACUCAAAUCCAGCUUUCAGCAUUUGAGAGUUUUCGAUACUCAGUGCUAUGGACACAUUUCAGCUGGUACCAAAAACGUACUGAGGUCCAAUACCUGUCCCUAUUAGCCAGCUAACAUGCACAUGAAGCACUGCGCACCGGACGUCAACAUCUUUACAUGCUAACUGUGACAUGUCCCGAAGCCUAAUGAUGCUAAACAUCAGCGUCCACUAACAUCCAGCAGUUGUGACAAGCUAACCAUAGGCUGCUAAGGUUAGCAUGCUAAGAAGCACUACUUUCCCUCAGUCUGCAACGGCGAUUUAAAGAUGAACAUGACGUCCGAUCGAUCGGACGAGCCUCAUAGAGAAACUGUUAAAAUGAUCAUAGACGGUGAAGGAGCAAUGUUUCCCAUGUGCUCCUUUGUAGAGACGUCUGUAUACUCAGUUGAGAACCUUUUAUCUCCAAAUUGGUUGCAUUUCAGGCUCGUAGCAAAAUAAGCCUCAAUUUUAAGUUGAAAACAUUUCAUUACUGAGAACGAAUAUACAGCAUUUUUAGGUUUGUCAGAUUUUGGCGGGUGGCUUCCACUUUAACCUAUAGGUCUUUAAAGGUGUUUCAUCAGCCUUAAAUGUCUUUUUACCUAGAGCGUGAUUUUCAAAAGAAACAACAACAUAUCACUGAAUGCAAUCACGAACAUCAAAGAUAUUUUUUUGUUCUGCUCAAUGAAACAUUUAUUUAAUUCAAGGUCGGUUUGUUGUUGCAACAGUUUUGUUCGCAACUGUUUUUCCAUUUUCGUGCUUUUUAUUUGUAACAUACGUAGAAGGUCCCACAGAAAA